AUUCAAAUUCUAAGUGGAAGAUGUCCCCAUUGUCGGUGGGCUAUAUAGCAGGCGGAGGAGCGCUCUGCUGACGUAGUUUGGAGAGUUGGCACCGUUAAGAAGCCGCUCGCUUCGCCAGGACGCGACGUUAAGGGUUUGGAACUCCCCACCAUGACCUCCUCAUGUUGUAUCUGGAUUGCUCUGUUUCUCUGCCUGACGACAACUGACACUGGAGCGUUCGCUCGCGCGGUCAACUCGCGGCCACGCGCGUCACCGUCGCCGAAAAGCGCAGACGAAACCCCCGCGUCAACUUUGCGCACGGACGCGUCGAGGCGGCAGCGGUGCGCGGAGCUCGCGGCGCCGUGGGCGGAAAACACGCAGCGCGCUCCGGAGGAGAACGCGACGACCCUGCAAGUUCGCCUUCGACCCUUUUCCACGCGGGCGUCGCGGGGCCUGGUGUUUCCGGGGAAGCUUCUGUUCGGCCUCGUCCGACAGGUUUACCACUGCUGUCAGGAGAGACUGACCUGCAGGAGCGUCAAAGGGAUCCCAGGCCGCUUCAGAGGAGACACCGAUGUGGAGUUUCUCCUCACCAAAGAGGCGCUGUCGCUGAGCGUCACCAGAGUGGAGCUUCACCUGCAGUUCACCAACCCACAGCAUCUGGACAUCAGACCCGUUCUGCCCUUCAUGGAGAAGCGCAACCUUCCUUCGAGGUACAGCCUGUGGUCACGGGGCGGCUCCGCGGAGCUGAGGGUGGACCUGCUCUUCCUACUGCAGGAGCUGCAGGAGGCUGCAGGUGGUGUCAGAAGGGGUCCUGACCUGGUGAACCUUCGGCGGUUGGUGUUUUCCUCCAGGGGGACUCCGCUGGGAGAACAGGCUGCUGCUUUCGCUCGGCAGGACACUGAUGGUGAUUCGUGGGGGGAGGGGUUCGACGCUUGGCCUUCUACAGAUCUGGGCCUGGUCGUGGGCUGCAGUCAGGCGGGAUCCGGGGUGUCCUGCAGAACCGGGGGAGUUCAUUUAUCACACAUACCUUUCUUGGCUCUGUACUACAGAUAAAGCCACUGUACACGGAUGCAUAAUAAUGCAAAUUACUUUGCAUUAUUAAUUACAUUUUUACGUUUAUAACUGAAAGCUCAGGUUGAAAUGAUGCACUUUGUCAAAUAUAAUAAUUUAUAAAUGUUUUGUUGUGAGAGAUAUAUGUAAAUAGUAAAAAUGAUAUACUUAAAGUUUAUUGAUUCAUGUUUUUUCUUGUAUUAAAAGUCAAUCGAAUGAA